CGGUAGUCAGCUGACGCAGUGACAGCUCUUUUGUGUUGCGCUUGCAAGCACAACGCGCAGGUAUCGAAUCGUAUCAGUAGGGCAACACAACGAUUGCAGUGGGACUUGCAACGCAAUUGUUGUUACGUUUUGCAUCUCGUGCAGUCAAACAUACACUUAAUGCGCGUCUGGCCGUGAGAAUCAACCAAAUAAACAGUUAGGCGUGCCGCAGCGAUGGACAGCGUCGAGUCGCAGUCGCAGAGCAGCAACUUGACGCUAAACAAACAGCCCACCACCAAGGAAGACAUUCCACUCAUCAACAAGCGCCACAAAGAACCGUUUCUCCUGAGCUGCUGGUGCUCCAUGUGGAAGCGAUGCUGCGGGCCCCGCGAGCUGACGGACCGCACCGUCCUCAUCGGGCGGCCCACGCAGGGCAAGUAUCCGGCGAACGCCAUCCGCAAUCAGAAGUACAACAUUAUCACCUUCCUCCCGCUCGUGCUCUAUCAGCAGUUCAAGUUUUUCCUCAAUCUCUACUUUCUCAUCAUGGCGCUCAGCCAGUUUGUACCUGACAUUCGCAUUGGUUAUCUCUACACAUAUUGGGGACCACUGUGCUUUGUAUUAUUUGUAACAAUCUGCAGAGAAGCCGUUGAUGACCUGCGGCGUCACAGAAGAGACCAGGAGGUUAAUAGUCAACGCUGCACGAGACUUACGAACAAUCCAGAUAAACUUUAUGAGACUGUGGCUGCUUCCAAGUUAAGAGUCGGCGAUUUAAUCAUUGUGGACAAAGACGAACGUAUUCCAGCUGAUUUGGUGCUUCUGAGAACAUCCGAAAAGUCUGGUUCGGUGUUUGUGCGCACUGAUCAACUCGAUGGUGAGACUGAUUGGAAAUUGCGACUCGCUGUACCAUACACACAGAAAUUACAAUCAGAUAAGCAACUGCUUGAGGUCAAAGCAAGUAUUUACGUUGAAAAACCCCAAAAAGAUAUUCAUUCAUUCAUUGGUACUUUCACAAGAGAUGAUUCACCAAAUUCAAGUGAAGGACUUGAUUUGGAAAACACGCUAUGGACUAAUUGUGUUAUCGCAUCCGGACAAGCUCUCGGCGUUGUCAUUUACACAGGUCCAGAAACCCGUUCCGUAAUGAAUAACUCAGCACCCCGAUCGAAAGUAGGUCUUUUGGACAUGGAGUUGAACACACUGACCAAGCUGCUGUUUGCCGCUGUAGUUGGUUUGGCUUUGCUUAUGAUGGCGCUGAAGGGAUUCAGCGGCCCGUGGUACCGAUACACGUUUCGUUUUAUUUUACUUUUCUCAUACAUCAUCCCGAUCAGUUUGCGAGUAAAUCUUGACAUGGGUAAAUCCUUCUAUUCGUGGUCGAUCGGUAGAGACCCGUUGCUGAAAGGCACCGCUGUGCGUUGCACGACCAUUCCGGAAGAACUCGGCCGAAUUUCGUAUCUUUUGAGUGAUAAGACAGGUACUCUCACACAGAAUUCCAUGGUACUAAAAAGAUUACACUUGGGGACGGUUAGCUACACAGCUGAGACAUUCAUUGAUGUAGCUUCUGUGCUCAAAGGAGCCUAUAGUAAUCCGGAAACAAUGUCGAACUCUACAAAUGGUAAGUUCCGACGCCUUGAAAAUACGCGGAUUAAAGAUGCUGUGCAAGCGCUUGCACUGUGUCACAAUGUAACUCCUGUCUAUGAAACAACUGGUGAUAGUGAAACCAGUUCGAUUACUUCCGAAGUGGAAGCUGAUCAACACAUUGUGAAUGAAAACUGCGUGAAUUAUCAGGCUUCAAGCCCCGAUGAGGUUGCGCUAGUGCAAUGGACGCAGGAAGUUGGAUUAACACUUCAUACACGUGAUCUUAACUCAAUGAGAUUGAAAGCUCCCAAUGGUAGAUUGUUAAAUUACACGAUUUUGCAAGUGUUUCCAUUCACAAGCGAAACCAAACGUAUGGGCAUCAUCGUUAAAGAUCUUCAAACUGGAGAGAUUUGUUUCUAUCUGAAAGGGGCUGAUGUGGUCAUGUCUGCUAUAGUGCAAUACACUGAUUGGUUAGAUGAGGAAGUUGGGAAUAUGGCACGGGAAGGUUUGAGAACUUUGGUGGUGGCUAAAAAGAUACUCACUGAGGAACAGUAUCUUGAUUUUGAGACUAGAUACAACGCGGCACGGAUGGCUAUCACUGAUAGGGUAUCCAGAGUUGCGCAAGUUAUCGAAUCGUUGGAACGCGAGAUGGAGUUGUUGUGUGUGACUGGUGUGGAGGAUAAAUUGCAGGAGAAUGUGAGACCUACACUCGAAUUAUUGCGGAAUGCUGGGAUUAAGAUUUGGAUGUUGACUGGGGACAAGUUGGAGACAGCUUGUUGCAUUGCAAAGAGUUCUCAACUGGUUUCAAGAACACAAAGUUUGUAUGUGUUCAAAAAAGUUGUGACGCGUACAGACGCACAUUUAGAGCUUAACUCUUUCCGACGUCGCAGUGAUUGCGCCUUGGUUAUCACCGGAGAGAGUCUGGAAGUGUGUUUGCAAUACUAUCAACAGGAGUUUAUGGAUCUGGCUUGUUCUGCGCCUGCGGUUGUGUGCUGCAGGUGUUCGCCAACACAAAAGCUACAGUUGUAUGUAGUGCAAUUAAUUCAGAAACACACAGGUAAGCGAACUGCCGCCAUUGGUGAUGGUGGUAACGACGUGAGCAUGAUUCAACAAGCCGAUGCUGGCAUAGGCAUUGAAGGACGUGAAGGAAAACAAGCUUCACUUGCUGGAGAUUUCAGCAUCCCACAAUUUUCGCACUUGGCGCGACUACUGUUGGUACACGGUAGACGAUCUUACAAACGAUCGGCGUCUCUUUCGCAAUUUGUGGUGCAUCGUGGUCUCAUUAUUUCCACAAUGCAAGCUGUUUUCAGUUCGGUGUUUUAUCUGUCUUCGGUCGCGCUUUAUCAGGGUUUGCUUAUGGUUGGCUACGCCACUAUCUACACGAUGUUCCCGGUGUUUAGUUUGGUAUUGGAUCAGGAUGUCAGUGCAGAAAUUGCGUUAACAUUUCCGGAACUAUAUAAAGAAUUGUCUAAAGGGAGGAGUUUAUCUUAUAAGACGUUCUUUAUGUGGGUUUUGAUAUCAAUCUAUCAGGGUGGCGUGAUAAUGUACGGUGCAUUAUUGCUCUUCGAAGAUGAAUUCAUCCAUAUCGUCGCGAUCAGUUUCAGUUCGUUGAUUCUGACCGAAUUGAUCAUGGUUGCCUUAAAUAUCCGCACAUGGCAUUAUCUCAUGGUGUUGGCCGAAUUGUUUUCGUUGGGCGUCUAUGCCAUCUCACUUUUCCUUUUCCACGAUUAUUUCGACUCUGAAUUUAUCCAAACACGAGAUUUCUUCUGGAAAGUGCUAGUGAUAACGCUGAUAUCUUGUUUGCCUCUGUACAUUUUGAAGAUCUUACGAAAGAAGUUCUCGCCGCCGAGUUACAGCAAGCUGUCUUAGUUUAAUUUGUUAUUAUGUUUAAGAAGAAUUUUAAUAUAUUUAAUUUUUAUAAUAUUUAACUCUAAUGAAUAGGCUUCAUAUGCUAUUAACUAUUAAAAGGAACUAAUUGUAAUCGAAAUUGUGAUAUAAUAAAGCACAGCGUUAAUUCAUUAGAAUUACAACAACCAAAAUAA